CACACACAGCUGACAUAAAAGUCAAACUUUUAUUUCUGAUAAUCGCACGAUAAAUUUGUUUGUUAAAUUUGAUAUUGAGCCUUGAAAAAAAAACCUCCGGCAAUGUCUAAUCCCAAUACCACCGACGAAGACCAAUUCGAUUGGGUGCAGUUCAAAAAGGAUUACGCUGUCAGCAGAGUCGAAACGCAGAAAGAAAAAUUAGUGCGAAAAUUCAAGGAAAAUCCACUGGUACCAGUUGGUUGUGCAGCCACAACACUUGCACUCGGACUUGGUCUAUGGAAUUUCCGCAAAGGAAAUUCUAAAAUGUCGCAGACGAUGAUGAGAGCUCGUAUUGGCGCCCAAGGAUUCACUGUGUUUGCAUUGCUUGUCGGCGUAGCUAUGACAAUGUCAAAGUCGUCCAGUUAGGUAUUUUUGAGCGUUUUUUUUGCAUAUAAAUGUGACUCAUUGUUAUGUACAUAGUAUGAUAGGACUGUCGGGAAAUUAUUGGGAUGAUAAUAUAGUUUUUGGAAAGGAGUGUAGAGUGCCCACAAGGGGAAAUUCUUUUUUUUUCGGUUUUGAUGUUUUUUAUAUAUAAAAAUAAAAUAUUUUUAGAACAUCGAAAAACA